CUAGUUCUCAGAGAAGAGUCCGUCCGUUGAAUCACACCCACCCGUCCGAGAGAGAGAGAGAGAGAGAGAGAGUAGGAGGAGGGCUCAUUGGAGUCGCGUGAAGAUGGGCUCGAGCAAGAAGGAGGAGUUUCCGGGCCUCGAAUUCGAGCGCUUCCGGCGCUCGUACGACGCCCGCGAGUCCACCGACGUCGACUCUGACCUCGACGCCGCCGAAUUCCUACAAUCAGACCCCCUUACCUCCUCGAAACCGUUAUCCGGCAAUGCCGCUUUUUCGACGCGGCCCCGCGACCGGCUCCUACGGAAGACAUGCGGAUGCCUCGCCGGCCGCUCGACGAGAUGGAUGCUCGGAUGCGUCGGACUUGGCGCACUCGCGUGGCUAGUCCUCAGCCUAAGCGGUUUCUUCGCCUUUAAGAAGUAUACACACGCACCGCCCGACGGGCUGUCGCCGCCGUGGUACCCGACGCCGAAGGGUGGCACGGCACGGACUUGGGCAGCGAGCUACCGCAAGGCGAGCGAGAUGGUCGCGCGGAUGACGCUCCCCGAGAAGGUCAACGUGACGACCGGCACGGGUUGGAAGAUGGGCCCUGCCGUCGGCAACACGGGGCCUGCCGUGCACGUGGGUUUCCCGGCGCUCGCGCUUCAGGACGGUCCGCUGGGCAUCCGGUUCGCCGACAACGCAACGGCAUUCCCGGCCGGCGUGACAGUCGGCACCACAUGGAACAGGGAGCUGAUGUACCAGUGGGGUAACGCACACGCCGUGGAGGCUAGGAGGAAGGGCGUCAAUGUAAUUCUUGGUCCCUGUAUUGGGCCGUUGGGCCGCAUGCCGGCAGGCGGCCGCAACUGGGAGGGCUUCGCCGCCGACCCCUACCUCCAGGGCAUCGCGGCCGCGGAGUCGAUCAGAGGUAUCCAGAAGGAGGGCGUCAUGGCGACAAUCAAGCACUUGGUCGCGAAUGAACAGGAGCACUUUCGGCAGUCGUGGGAGUGGGGACUCGCUAACGCUCUCAGCGCUAACGUCGACGACCGGACGAUGCACGAACUGUACCUGUGGCCGUUCGGGGACGCCGUCAAGGCCGGUGUGGCGAGCGUCAUGUGUAGCUACAACAUGGUGAACAACUCGUACGCCUGCGGCAACUCGAAGCUCCUCAACGGACUACUGAAGGAUGAAAUGGGGUUCCAGGGCUUCGUUAUGAGCGACUGGCUCGCGCAGAGGGGCGGCGUAUCCACCGCGCUCGCUGGUCUCGACAUGACGAUGCCUGGCGAUGGCUUGUUCUGGGAAAAUGGCAAGUCCCUUUGGGGCUCCGAGCUCACGAAAUCCGUCCUCAACGGCUCCGUGCCGCUCGAUAGGCUGAACGACAUGGUCACGAGGAUCGUCGCCGCGUGGUAUCAGCUUGGACAGGACGACGAGACCAAGUUUGACCGCAAGGGCCCCAAUUUCUCGUCGUGGACCGACGAAGCCGAGGGCGUAUUCGCACCGGGCAGUCCAACUAAGCAAGAAAAGACCGUGGUGAACCAGUUCGUCAACGUGAUGGAGGAUCACGCUACCAUUGCGCGGCAGAUAGCGGCAGAAGGCAUUGUCCUCCUUAAGAACGAAGGCUUGCUCCCCCUUACGCGCGACGGUCGCCCUAGUCUGAACAAGACUACUUUGCUCGACGGCCCGAUGCAGGUUACCAUAUUCGGCGAAGAUGCUGGGGCCGGGAAAGGGGCUAACUACUGUGAGGAUCGCGGCUGUAACCAGGGCACACUAGCCUCAGGCUGGGGCUCCGGCUCCGUCGAGUUUCCCUAUCUCAUUACCCCGGUGGACGCACUGCUUAAAAUAUGGAAAGGCAACCAAGCAGUGAACGUGUCCGCCUACGCCACGAACAAGCCGCCCUUUUCGACACAUCCCGAGAUUCUCCGGAGCGCGCAGCUCUGCAUCGUCUUCGGGAACGCGGACUCGGGCGAGGGCUUUAAGGCUUGGGAAGACGUGAGCGGCGACCGGCCCGAUCUAUUCCUGCAGAAAGGUGCCAACGACCUCAUCGAGCAAGUCGCACGAGGAUGUCACGGCGGGGACGGUGACGUGCUAGUCGUCAUCCACACGGUGGGCCCCGUCGUGAUGGAGAACUGGAUCAACAUCCCGAACGUGAAGGCGGUGCUCCUAGCCAACCUGCCCGGGCAGGAAAGCGGGAACGCGCUCACCGAUGUCAUAUUCGGCGAUGUCAACCCCAGCGGCAGACUACCUUGGACUAUCGGCAAGUCCCUCGACGCAUACGGCGAGGGCGGGCAGGUGAUGUAUCUGCCGAACGGCAUCGUGCCGCAGCAGGACUUCAAGGAGGGGCUGUAUAUCGAUUACCGACACUUCGACAAGUACGGUAUCGAGCCGCGAUUCGAGUUCGGGUUCGGGCUGAGCUACACGACCUUCGAGUUCGACAGCGCCGUCGUCAACGGCCUCAAGGCCAAGAGCAAGCUCCCUGCCUCGAGACCCAAGGAUUUCGCCGCCCCUCCGUCGUAUGACCAAGGUAUCCCCGACGCCAAAGAGGCGCUCUUCCCCGCGGGCAUCCGCAAGCUGGAGAAAUACGUGUACCCAUACCUCGAUUCUAUCGACGACAUAGUGGCGGAGCCGUACCCGUAUCCCGAGGGCUACGACGUGGUGCAGCCGCGCUCGGGGGCAGGCGGCGACGAGGGCGGCAACCCGGACCUGUGGGAGACCUACGUCAGGGUGUCGGUCGACGUGACGAACACGGGCGGGCAGCCGGGCAAGGUGGUGCCGCAGCUGUACCUAGGCUACCCACAGGGCGCGUCGGCGGUCGACUUCCCAACGAAGACGCUGCGCGGGUUCGACAAGGUGCUACUAGAAGCGGGCGAGACCAAGACGGUGACGUUCAACUUGACGAGGCGAGACCUCAGCUACUGGGACGUGGAGCUCCAGAACUGGGCCAUGGUCGUGGACGGCGAGUACACGUUCAUGGUCGGCCGGAGCUCGAGAGACCUGCCCGUCACCGCGAAGUGGUAGUCAGCCACCGCCACCCCAGCUGCAGAGCGACACGGCCGGGAAGGCCUCGACAUUACGCCAUUGUAUACCCUGUAGGAUCUCUCUUCUGCGUUCAUUUGUAGCGUGCGAAAAGGUGCAGUAGGCGUCAGGGGGG